AUGUCUGAUAAUGAUGUAGAUAUCUUCGACUACGAUGCUGGGCUUGAUGAAAUCCUGAGUGGCUUGCCCACCGUCGCUCCUCUGAAAGACGCCGCGAACGCAUCCAAAGACGCUGAUGCUCCAGACACUGCUACUCCAGUGCUAGGUUUGGAUGCGGAUCUAAAGGCUACCAAACAGAGGGUACCAACAGCCAAACUCGACGAAAGUCGUCUCCUUUCACAGAAUGGCAUUCCCAAGUUACGAAAAAACGCCAAAACCAAACUGAAAUUUAAAGGCAAAGGCCAUGAGUUCUCUGACCUCGGCCGCCUCCUCAACUUCUACCAGCUGUGGCUUGAUGAUUUAUACCCCCGCGCGAAAUUUGCAGAUGGCCUUGGCAUAAUCGAAAAACUAGGACACAGCAAGCGCGUUCAGAUUAUGCGCAGAGAAUGGAUUGACGAAGACAAACUCACACGCCGAGACGAUUCUCCUUCUACUAUUACACCCGUCGCACAAACAACAACAAACUCCAACGAGCGAAGCGACAAGCGAAGAGAAGGGGAUGAUGUACCAGAUGAUAAUAACGAGCUCGACGAGCUCCUAGCUGAACUGGAGAGGCCGGUCCCUUCUAAUGCGAUUUGA